UAGGAUAAAAACCAUUCAUAUUUUCUCGAAAAUUAGUUUGCUAACUAAUCACUAGCUAUAUGGCUGAGAGACAAGAACGUGAACAAGAGUACAUAUUCAGAAAUGUGGAACUGUUCAAGAAUGAUACCCUUGGUACUGGCUCCUACGGGGCAGUGUGUAAAGCCAAGUGUGACUAGCUACUCUGUGCUGCCAAGCUACUCUAUCCAGUGUUCUUCCAAAUGAUUGUUCCAGAUCCUGGUAAAGAACAUAGACAUCCAUUUAGAAGAUUCAAAAAAGAGUGUGCAUUUCUGAAACGUAUCAACCAUCCCAACAUUGUACAGUACUUAGGGACCUAUCGUGAUCCCGACACAAAUGCACCAGUUCUUCUCAUGGAGCUCAUGGACGAGAGUCUGACACACUUCCUGGAGUCAUCACUCGAAGAUAUUCCCUACCAUAUCCAAGUCAACCUCUCCUAUGACAUAGCUCAAGCACUUGCUUUUCUCCACUCCAAUGGGAUCAUUCAUCACGACCUCUCCAGCAACAAUGUCCUACUGAUUGCAGGCAGUCAAGCCAAAGUCACAGAUUUCGAAAUGUCUAAAUUCACAGAUAUAAAUGUCACUCGACUAGCCACAAUGACCACAUGCCCGGGAACACCAGCCUUCAUGUCUCCCGAGGCACUAAAGCAACCACCAGUGUACACAGAGAAACUAGACAACUUCUCCUUUGGUGUGCUUCUAGUUCAGACCACAACUCGAAAGUUUCCAAAUCCAACAGAUCCAUUUAACACUAUUCAAAUUCCCGAUCCACGAAGUCCAGGUCGCAAAGUUGAAGCUAACUUGCCGAUUCCAGAACUGGAAAGACGGGAAGCCCACAUGAGCCUGAUUGAGCCCACCCACCCUCUACUGCCGAUUGCUUGUCACUGCCUCAAAGACAGAGAUGUUGAACGACCAUCUUCCCAACAGCUUUGCCAAACACUGGAUGCUCUCAAAAGGACACUACGAUACCAGGAAAGCUCCCAAAAAGACCUGCACCAGAUGCUCAGAGAGAAAGAUGACCAAAUUACACAAAAAGGCACACAGCUACAAAACCUUAUCACAGAAAAUCAAAAGCGGAUACAAGCAAACCAAGAGACAAUAAUACAAAAAACUGAGCAAAUUCGAGCUAAAGAUAAACAAAUUACAACUAAAGAACAGCAACUACAUACACAAGCUACUGAAAUCCAAACCCUUCAACAAGACAACCAAACCCUUCAACAUGAAGGUGAAGCCAGAGAGAGACAGCUGAGGAGACUCAACCAAGAGUUGCAAUCAAGUCAGGAGAACACUGCUGCCCUCCAACAAGCCAUCGAUCAACGAGACAGAGAAGUAACUCAAUUGAGACAAACGUUGGCAAGCAAGAACGAGGAAAUUCACGAUCUAUCGACUCGAAUGCACCAAGUCAUACUGCAAGAUGAUCAAGCUACAUGUACACUAAUGAAACCUGUUACAAUAGAGUCACUACCGGAUGCACCCGUUGAUAUGUGGUAUGGAUCAUCAGCCGUGACAGGAGACAAGGCAUACUUUAACAAUGGAAGUAAAACUGUUUACGAGCUCAGCAACAAUAAGUGGCACAAAUUACCACUUUGCCCUAAAAAUGCUUUCACUAUUGUCAGUGUUGAUGACAUGCUCACAACUGUGGGGGGAGUGUCAGGCACACACGUCUAUAGUAACAAACUCUACAGCUACAUUAACAACGAAUGGGUCGAAUACUUCCCUCGCAUGCCAACCAGACGGAGGAGACCUGGAGUUGUGUACGCUAACAACACACUUAUAGUGGCUAGGGGAUCUGAUUCAAUAAUUGUAACUACUAUCGAGAUUUUAAACACUGCUAACAGGCAAUGGUCUGUCGUUGCCUCACUACCUGUGCCAAAUGAUCACCCAUCCUUAACGAUCUGUGGAGACUAUGUGUACAUACACCCACGAACUAAUGAUCAAGAGAAGUAUUCAGUGUACAGAUGCUCAUUAAGACAACUAACUCAUUCUGAGCCAAGCUCAGCUAUAUGGGAGAAGAUUGCCCCUUUGCCAGUUUACUAUUCCUCUCUUGUUACCAUCAAUGGCCACCUGCUGGCAGUGGGUGGGGUGGACUCCAAUAUAGGUAGAUCUAAGGACAUAUAUCAGUACAAUAUGACAUCAUGGAUUGUCGUUAAUCAAAUGUCAACAUCUCGAUCAUCAUGCUCCAUUGCUGCCCUCCCUGAGAGCAAACUGAUGGUGGUGGGAGGAGAUGCUACAAACAGAAAAUGUGAAGUAUUUACUUUUGUAUAGUAUCUAAUUUGUCAUAUUGUAUAGGCUAUACCAAAUAAAAGAUUUGAUCAUUC